AUGGCACCCAGGGGGGAACGCGCCACGCUGGGUCCAGGGCCAGAGAAGGAGGGGACCCCAGCCCAGAGAGGGGCCCGGGGGCGUGUCAGGGGGCGGGGCACAGGAGACCACGCCCAUAGGCAGCGGCAGCCGGGAGCCUGCAGGAGGCCAUCCUCUACCCUGUCCCUCUUGCAGGCGGGGAGGCGCUUCCACCCACAGCGUCCCAAGUGCGUUCGGGGAGGACUCCCAGGAUUCGGUGCAGCGGCCCCCGGCUUUAAGAGGCUCUCGGCCCAGGCCGUUCACAGCGCCGCCUCGCCGCUUCCUGCCGCCGCUCUGCCCCGGCUCCGCCCUCUCCCGGAGCUGCUAGAGUCCCAGGCCUCCGCCUUCGGGAGGGACUUCGGAGAGCAGCCGGGCGAGCCAGGCCUCCCCGGAAACCGUUUCGAUCGUGCUUGCUGCCCGUUCCCCCUCCUGACGGACCAACAGGCUGAGGCCAGGUCCUACCUCAGUGAGGAGAUGAUCGCUGAGUUCAAGGCUGCCUUUGACAUGUUUGAUGCUGAUGGUGGUGGGGACAUCAGCGUUAAAGAGCUGGGCACCGUGAUGAGGAUGCUAGGGCAGACACCCACCAAAGAGGAACUGGAUGCCAUCAUUGAGGAGGUGGACGAGGAUGGCAGCGGAACCAUCGACUUUGAAGAGUUCUUGGUCAUGAUGGUGCGCCAGAUGAAAGAGGAUGCGAAGGGGAAGAGUGAAGAGGAGCUGGCAGAGUGUUUCCGCAUCUUUGACAGGAACAUGGAUGGCUACAUUGACGCUGAGGAGCUGGCUGAGAUUUUCAGGGCUUCCGGGGAGCAUGUGACAGAUGAGGAGAUCGAAUCCCUGAUGAAGGACGGCGAUAAGAACAACGAUGGCCGCAUUGACUUCGAUGAGUUCCUGAAGAUGAUGGAGGGUGUUCAGUAAAGAGCCGGCCUUCUCUUCCAUCCAGAUUGCAGGUCCCCUGGGCGUGGCCAACUCUACCCUUGCCUAUCCUACCCCACGAGGGAAGGGCUGCUCCUUAGAGCUCUGUGGCUGGAAGGAAUAA